AUGCCUUCAAUGCAAGCAGCGCAAGGUACGCUGCGACAAACAACGAGGGACGUGUCGCAAUUGUCGACGGCUGGUGACGAGCACCAACUUCACGAGAGGCCGUCACCGUCAAAGAAACGCCUCAGAGGAGCUCGUGCCUGCUCUUACUGUCGUCUUAAGAAGAUCAAAUGCUCGGCGACGCUUCCAUCAUGUGUCGCCUGUCAGCAAAAGGACAUCAGAUGCACUUAUCCGCCACUCAAGCGUUACCGACGCGCCCCAGAAGGUUACUUGCUUGAGGAACCCACACUGGAGGAGGAGACACCUCAGCCACACGAAUGCUCCUCUCAGGAAAGGGAACGAGGCUUACAGGCUGUCUCCAACUUCUCAAGCAGUCCUCCCGCUACUGAACCAGCAGAGCACCAACAGCAAAAUGAACCAGAGCAGCAGCAGGAGCUUUACAACGAUCAUCAAGACGACCUGGUGGUUGAUGGGGAGUAUGAAUGUGAGCACGAGUAUCAGCUCCUACAGGAAUGCAGUGAGGAACCAGAGCGAGGACGAGAACGAGAACAAGAACAGGAAUCGGAGCAUCGACGGGAACGGACUGACCAGCAACAGAGCCAGCAACAGGAUGAGGACGAUCAACGACCGGAGCAUCAACAACAUCCGCGGCAAAGAGUAUACCUGCAUCGGCAGCGGCAAUCUACGGGACAUCUUGCAAGGUUCGAAGAAACAGCAACAAUGCCGCUGUCUUCACCCGCAGACUCAUCAGUGUCGUGGCAUCCAUCAUCAACAGAGUCUGCAACAAGGGACUCAGGCUAUGGUGGCCCAAGCCGGGAUCAAACAGACACCUUCCUCGACAUAUUCUUCAAGUUCAUCUACCCCAUGCCAUCAUACGCAUUUCUACAUCCAGAAACCACCAAGAGAAGUUGCCGUUCUCAUGAUGUGCAUCGUGCCCUUCCUGCUUCUAUUUGCGCGGUUGCAAUGCUGUACCUGCGCAGAGAAGUUGAUCUCGAUCUGGAUCAUUCACAAGACUCGAGUCGAAGAGCGCUCAAACACAUUGUUGCCUCCGCUGAGGAUACGAGCGCGUGGAUCAGCAUGGCCGAAGAGAGCAUCUGGCGAAGUCUCGAAUCGCCGAGUAUAACCAAACUCCAGGCGCUUCUUCUUGUAAUUCACUAUUACAUAGAGACGGAGCUCUUUCAGAGGGCUUUCAUGUUGACAGCCACGGCUGCUCGCUUCGCCACGACGAUGCGACUUAAUUACGAGCGGCAUGACCUUCAGCCAGUUGCACAAGAGGUUCGACGCCGUACUCUCUGGUCUCUAAAGAUGGUUGAGCGCUAUUUCUCGAUUGGUCUUGCCGAGUUCGACUCAUUACCAAUGGAGGUCAUCUACAUCGACUUUCCGAGGAGCGAGGGAGACUUCAUGGCAAUGAUCAACGGUCACGAACUUGAUGCUACUGGAAACGAUCAAGCUAGCGGCGAUUGCCACAGCUACUAUGGCGAGGGGGGCACCUACGGGCUCGUUAUGCAGCUGGAAGCAAUUCGAAAUGAUGUGAUGAAGAUCUCAAGGAAGAUCGCGCUGCUGGAAACCCCUUUGGGUAAUCUCACAGACCUCUUCAGCCACCACUUACAAACUCUAGCAUCCAUGGAGAAACCAGCGCCGAUCCUAGAAGCUCUCCUAAGCGCGGAUGAAGCAUUCCAGCCCCUUGGAACCAGUGGCAACAGAGACAGGUCAAUCUCCCGAUGGCUGCCCCGUCUAUUGCUGGCUCACAUCUCCUGGCACCAAGCACACUGCGACAUCAACCGCAUCCUUUUGCCUGGGUACUCGGAAGCUGCUCCCGGUGCUGUGCUCGCUGGCCAUGAUCACCAGGCCCUUCUUAUCGCUGAGGCUCAGUGCUUGCAUCACGCAAUGCGAAUCAUCUACAUACUCACCACGCUCAACCAGCAUAGCACACAACACCACCUCCUCGAAUUCGACACCGCUAUAUGUGCUUAUCAUGCCACCCGUCUUAUACUCUUCAUCUCUCGAUUCGGCAAAGGACCUGCUCGGCCAUCACCGGAAUUCGCUGUCAGUCGUGCCGAGCUUUGCCUAGCUGCGCUCAAGAGAUUUUUCCGAUUCUCAGCGCUCGUUAGUCCCAUCAUUGAAGAACUGGAGGAGUCCAUCACCAUCUUCUCAGAACAGCAAAAGAAGAAGCAAAACUUUCCUAGCAGUCAGCCAGAGGCUGCCGGGUCUAUUCACGCCACAGCAAACCAGGGAUUGGCUGCUGCAGCAAAUGCAACACAUUCGGCGGGAACUCUGUCUCACAACACAACACCAGGUUCCUCGGGAAUCACAACGAACGAGAGAGGCACAGCCAGUUCCUACUCAGCUACUGCACCAGCGAUGAACAGCGAACCCACAGAGGACCAGGCUCCGCAAAGUGAGGCCCAUCAACUAUUCUCGCUACAGAAUCAAAGCAGAUCGGACGGUCAGUUUUCCGAAGCCGUGCGUGCUCGGCAGCGCUUAGCUGUACACAGUCUAUUGCGCCGGGCUGAACUGUCAAACGUUGGAGGCAAUGACGAAGUACCUCCUGGUUCUGAUACAACACCUCGGCGUCCGUCUUUUACAGUAGGGGAUGAUCAGAACGGUCCUUCCAGUCAGGGCGACCAUGGUGCUACUGAGGAGGAGAGGCCUCGCGUUGUUGGGGCAUCGGCUGCUAUCGCUGAUGCGACCGCCGAUCUACAAUUAACAAACUUUCACUCAAGAGCGCACUCCAUGACCAACAAUCAUGCGACAAAGGAGAAGUCUCGACACCUCAUGGCCAAAUUUCAAGACCAGGAGCUGACGAGCACUCGUAGCCCUUCCGUGCCGGGACUCUUCGCGUGGUGGGCUCCCCAGGACUGGGCAUGGCUCCUGGAGGAUCAACUCAGGGAAUUGGGUGAAAGCACUUGA